GCAAUGCAAAUUGGAGGUGGCUGUUUUGCAAUGAGCGAAAAAAAUCGAACAGCAGUUAAAAGUAUAUGAAAUUACAUAGCAUCAAGAACUUUAUCAACUGUACUUUAUGGAAUGGUUCUGAACCCAUCAUUUGUUUUCCAUUUGGACAUAACACGAGCUGAUGAGAUGUUGCUGCCAAACAUGCAGCUAAUUUGGGCGGUCUGGUCUCUUCUUUAUUGGAUGCGUUCAGGGUUAACAGAGUCGUAUUUAGGGCACCGAGGUUUCGCUCUAGAUGAAAGGAUAUCACAGGGUCAGGAAUUUCCAUGGCAUACGAUACGACUUCCACGAACGUUAUUCCCUACUAGCUAUAAAAUCACACUGCAAACUGACUUGAAAUCAUUCAAUGUCAAAGGAAAUGUUACCAUACAAGUUAAUUGUGAGAAGCAAACAAGACAUAUUAUUCUUCAUUUAAAAGACAUGAAAGUAUCAAGGACAGCCGUGUUUGAAACUACACAACGGAGAGAACUCUUUCCUCUUAAAUCGGCUGGAAGAGUUAAAGAACUGGAGAAAUGGAGGGAAAACAGCGGAGGAAGAGGCAGAUGUCGAGAUAUAAGAGUCACAAAGACAAUGCAAAAUAGAACUCUUGAAAUGUUUCUCAUUGAAGUCAGUGAAGAGCUCACGCAACGUAAAAACUACGCGAUUUAUAUAGAAUUUGAGUAUCCACUGACAGACAAACUUCUCGGAUUCUACAGAAGUUCGUACAAGACGAAGAGUGGCGUGAAAAGGUAUUUGGCAGCCACAUUAUUUGAGCCGACUUUCGCCCGAGCGGCGUUUCCAUGUUUUGAUGAGCCAGGAAUGAAGGCAAAGUUUUCUGUUACCAUUAUCAGGGAAGGAAAAUACUCUUCUCUGUCAAAUAUGCCCCUUAUGCAAACGGUCAAGGUUGGAGAUGAUUUAUUCGCGGACCAUUUCCAGGAAUCAGUUAAAAUGAGCACGUACAUGGUGGCAUUUCUUGUGAGCGACUUCGCCCACAAAGAGACGACAACGAGCGGUGGUAUUAAGGUUCGUAUUUGGACCCCACCACCGCAAUUGGCUCAGGCUUCAUAUGCACUAGAUAUUGCUACAAAGACUCUCUCAAAUUAUGAAAAAUUCUUCCAGAUAAAUUUUCCUCUUCCCAAGCAAGAUCUUGUUGUUAUUCCUGACUAUUCGACUGGUGCUGAGGAAAACUGGGGACUAAUCGGGUUUACCAGCUCAAUGCUCCUCUUUGAUCGUAGUAAGACAUCAGAUGAAUUACAACAAAGUGUUUGUGAGACUGUAACACACGAGUUAGCUCAUCAGUGGUUUGGGAAUCUCGUAACUAUGAAAUGGUGGAACGAUCUUUGGUUGAAUGAAGGUUUUGCUACGUACAUGGAAAACAUAGGAGCAAGCUUUGUUGAACUUCACUGGAGUAUGUUGGACCAAUUUGUUGUAAAGAAACUUCAGGUGGCUUUCAGUGAAGAUCAGUCGAGCUAUUCUCAUCCAAUAUCAGUUGAUGUGAGAGAUCCCAAGGACAUUGACAGCUUAUUUGACUCUAUAUCUUACGAAAAGGGAGCAUCUGUAAUACGAAUGUUAAAGAAUACCAUCGGCCAUGAUCAUUUUACUGCUGGUCUGCGGUCAUACCUCCAAAGAUAUGCGUAUAGCAACGCAGAUACCGAUGAACUGUGGGGAACGUUGUCAGAAAAAAGUGGCAUCAACGUAAAAGAAAUGAUGGACACCUGGACACUUCAAAUGGGUUUACCAGUUGUUACUAUCAAGCGCCUGAACCAACAUAAGGCAAUCGCUGACCAGAAAAUAUUCCUUAUUUAUUCUGGUGCCAGACCACAAAAGAGAUCUCAAUUUAAUUAUACAUGGAACAUUCCGCUGACUUAUGAAACUCAGAAGGACAAGAAAACUCUACAAGUUUGGCUGAAUAGGGGAACUGCUUUGAUUGCUUGGUCAAAGACAUCUGGGUGGAUUAAAGCUAAUGUUGAUCAGAUUGGUUAUUACAGAGUUAAUUACGAUAUCGACAACUGGAAAGCUCUGUACAACCAACUCAACACAGACCAUACACUAAUCAGUGCAGCCGACCGUUCCGGACUGAUUGAUGAUGCAUUUCAUCUAGCAAGGAGCGACGAGCUCGGGUAUGAACUGGCCUUAGAAAUGAUUGAAUACAUAAGGAAUGAGGCAGAGUAUUCGCCGUUGAUAACUUUCCUACGAAACAUGGACUACAUUGGCGAGCAGUUAACUCUGCGCAAGGCUUAUGAUGUCUUCAAGAGGUAUAUGCUUCAACAACUUCGACCAUCAGUAUGGAGACUGGGAUGGAAUGACAAAGGAACGCAUUUAGAAAAAAUGCUGCGGCCAAAGGUUCUCUUUAAGGCUUGUGAUUAUUCAGAUCAGGACAUCAUCUUGAAAAUCAAGACCAUGUUCACACUUGCGAUGGAAGAGGGGAAAAUGAUCCCAUCAAACUUUCGUUCUUUAGUGUAUUCAGUUGGUGUAAAAGAAGGUGGUGCGAAAGAAUGGAAUCAGGCUUUUGAAAAGUACUUAACGACUCACAUCGCUUCCGAAAAAGAUAUACUUUUGGAUGCACUCACUUACACCAGGAAUACUCAGAUGAUACAAAGAUGCUUAAAUUAUUCAUUGGAUAAGACAAAAAUCUCUUCUCAAGACACACUUUCAGUAAUCAGCGGGGUGGCGUCUAAUCCUGAAUCAUGGGAAAUGGCUUGGGACUUUGUUCGUGAAAACUGGCACAUUCUCUACAAAAGGUACAGUCGCGGAUCCGAUCAAUGGCCAGUGUUGAUUAAAUCUUUGAUGUUUAAAUGCAACACACCGGCUCAGCUGAGCCAGGUCACGGAAUUCUUCAAGGAUUAUAAGCCCACAGACGCAGCCUAUCGCCAGGUGAAAAUGGGAAUAGAGCGAAUCCACGCAAAUAUACAUUGGCUCAGUAGGCACGAGGAAGAAGUCACUCAUUGGCUCAAUCAACAUGUGCAGAUCUGACAAAAGAGACUAAUAACUCACAGUUUAAUGGAAAACAUCCAGGCUCAUUUUCUGUUUGAUUGUAUCGUUUUGUAAAUGUAAAAAGGUAUCAAAAAGUUGAAUAAAAUAGAUGUAACUUUGUUAAUUAAGAUCGGCUUCAAAAAAUAAAAUAUACGAGAAUGAAA